CUGCGAAGACGCUCUCGGCUUGGACGACCCGUCUCACCGGACUGCAGGAGGAAGCCGUCGCCAUGUCUGAUCGCUCUGCCUUCGACACCAACGUGGUGACCCUCACCCGGUUCGUUCUGGAGGAGGGGAGGAAAGCCAAGGGGACGGGGGAGUUGACCACUCUGCUUAACUCCAUCUGCACCGCCGUCAAAGCCAUCUCCACAGCUGUCAGGAAGGCCGGGAUAGCUAACCUAUAUGGCAUCGCCGGGAACAUUAACGUGACAGGUGACCAGGUGAAGAAGCUCGAUGUGCUAUCCAACGAUCUGGUGAUCAACAUGAUCAAGUCCUCAUUCACCUCCUGUGUCCUGGUGUCAGAGGAGAACGAGAAGGCCAUCAUCGUUGAGCCCGAGAAACAGGGUAAAUAUAUUGUGUGCUUUGAUCCCCUGGACGGCUCAUCAAACAUCGACUGUCUAGUAUCAAUCGGCACCAUUUUUGCCAUCUACAAAAAGACAACAGGUGGCGAUCCUGAGGAGAAGGAUGCUUUGCAGUCUGGGAGAAACAUAGUCGCUGCUGGUUAUGCACUCUAUGGCAGUGCCACUAUGGUGGUGCUGUCUACAGGGCAAGGGGUCAACUGCUUCAUGCUUGACCCUUCCAUCGGAGAGUUCAUCCUGGUGGACAAGGAUGUGAAGAUCAAGAAGAAAGGGAAGAUCUACAGCCUGAACGAGGGCUACGCCCAGCACUUCUACCCAGACGUCACAGAGUACCUGCAGAAGAAGAAGUACCCUGAGGACGGCAGCGCCCCCUAUGGUGGGCGAUAUGUGGGCUCCAUGGUAGCGGAUGUUCACCGCACCCUUGUCUACGGCGGAAUCUUCUUAUAUCCCGCAAACGUCAAGAGCCCCAAGGGAAAGCUGAGGCUGCUGUAUGAGUGCAACCCCAUGGCGUUCAUCGUGGAGCAGGCUGGAGGCCUCGCUACCACGGGCAGCAUGAAUGUGCUGGACAUCCAGCCCGACAACAUCCACCAGAGGGUCCCCGUGGUUCUGGGUUCCCCUGACGACGUCAACGAGUACCUCGCCGUGUUCAAGAAGCACAACAAGUGAUCCGCGGACGGAUGAGCCAGGAGUCAUCUCCGCGUCUGGGUUGGAUGCUGGGAAAAAGGGAUUUUACAUGAAGGAUGAUUAAGUUUUGUUUUGAGGCGUUCUCUGAGGUUUGGUCUGCUGACCUGAACUAGUACAAAGACAUGGCAGGAGGAGGUGAGGAGUCAGACACAUCGAAUCUCUUUUCAGUCAUCAGCACUGAUCUGACAACACAGGAUUUGUGAAGGAUGGAAAAAACAACAGCGGACUGAAUUAUAUAAUACGUAACAAUGCAGUUGUAAGAGUUGUUACGAACUAUUUGCAUGAAUGAAAUUUAAGAAUGUUUUGAAUAAAUGAAACUCAUUACAGAGA